AGCUGCGCAUGUGUGACGUGUCACUUCCUUUAAACGAAACCAUGGCCGGCAAAACAGCGUUUUGUAGCAUUUUUGCUGUUUUAGUUUGCAUUUCGACGGUAUCUGGCUUAUAUUUUCAUAUAGGAGAAACUGAGAAAAAAUGCUUUAUCGAAGAAAUUCCAGACGAAACCAUGGUUGUAGGUAACUACAAAGUACAGGUGUAUGAUUAUUCUGUGAAAGACUACUUGCCCAGUGCCCCAGGGCUGGGGAUGUUUGUUGAGGUCAGAGACCCUGAGCAUGAAAUAGUAUUGUCCAGGACUUACGCUGCUGAAGGACGGUUCACAUUUACAUCUCAUUUAGCUGGAGAACAUGUGGUGUGUCUCCACUCGAACUCCACCGCCUGGUUCUCCAGUGGACAGCUAAGGGUUCACCUAGACAUACAAGUAGGAGAGCAUGCUGUAGAUUACUCGCAGAUCCAGGCAAAAGACAAACUGUCAGAGCUCCAACUCCGGAUCCGCCAGCUUCUAGACCAGGUGGAACAGAUCACGAAAGAGCAGAACUACCAGAGGUACCGAGAGGAAAGGUUCAGACAGACGAGCGAGAGCACUAACCAGAGAGUGUUGUGGUGGUCCAUUGCCCAGACCCUUAUCCUUCUUCUCACUGGCUUCUGGCAGAUGAGGCAUCUCAAGAGCUUCUUUGAGGCGAAGAAAUUGGUGUAGGCCAAAGCAUUGUCCUAAGGCAGCAAACAAGUUGUAGAUCAGGAAGUGGUGGAUCUUUUCUUCAAGUUCUACCUGGAAGAGGAAUUGUAGACCAUGCCGGGAUAAAAUAUCACACUUUUGUGAAAGUGACUUUGAGCAAAAUCUGAAUUCAUAAUUCGAUAAUUGUGUGGAAAUAUCCGACGGAGAUUUUUCUACACAAUUAUCAAUGAAAUAUGGCUGGACUUUGUCAAUAUUUACACUACUAGAAAAAUCAGGCAGUACAGUGUAGUAAAAAUAAGCACUCGGAAAUUGAUUACCAUGAAUGAAGUCUGCUGUGGUUAGAAUUAACGUAAUCUAUUUGGAUAACUGCCAUAAUAUGAAGGUGGCUUUCACUUUGGCCUGUGUUUAUUUUUCCAUGUUUGCAGUUCCCAUAAUCUUGUGUUUAAACGAAAUCAUGCUUUAGAAAGAACAGCAUUAAACAAAAUGACCUGUCCACUGAUUAAGUUUAAAAUCUGAAAGAUUAUUGCAUUUCACUCUUCUAGUAAAGAGUUUAUUAUAUUUCUUCGCUUCUGGAAUUUCACAUUUUUGAUGUAUUAAUUAAAGGCCUGUGUUUCCUGAUAUGCAAUUUGUUGAAAUGUAUCACACUUUUUGUACAUGUAUCUAUGUAAUGAGAACAAGAAAAUGUGAUAAAAAAAUAUGUUAAUGUUUGAAAGUCAACUGUGGUGGUUACGAUAAAAAAAAAGUCAGAUUUAAAUUAUUGUAAUAACAAAACGGUUACCCCGGUAAACUGCAUUAUUAUUUUUCAAAUAGUCUUGUGUACUAUGCAUUCUAAAUACUAUAAACACAAAUUCAUUGAUCAUGAUUACUAUACAGCUAUCUUGAAAUGUACACACUUAAUUAAACCUAAUUUUGUUAUUUUGAAUUCUUUAUAUGCUUGUCAGAGUCCAUGCAAGAUAAAUGCUAAAUAAACAGUGUUGCAAAAUCGGAAAUUAGCACAUAGACAUUUUUCUUUGAACAAAUUUAAAAACAAACAAAAAAUGCAGGAAUAUUUUUACAUUAUGUUAUUAGCAUUAUUGGGAAUAGUGGGAUUACUGCUAAACAGAUGUAUAGUUAAUUACAGAAUAUGAUAAUGACAGGAAUCAUGGAAGUUAAACCGCACUAAGAAAGGGCCAAUUUCCAGGUAUUCCAACUCUUUAAGUGGGCCAGUUCUUGUAAAUCUGUAUUUAAUUUUCUUUGGCCCUGCCCUUCCAAAACCCUGUCGGAAUAACAUGUUCAGAAAUCAAUAAUUUUUGUGGGAAAAUGGUAUUUAAGUAUUAUACUAUCCCUUGUAUUAUAUCCUCUAUUUUCUCCUUAUAUAUUUAAGAAUGUUGGAAUGAAGUGCUUUUUAAAUUAAAUUGGUAUUGCUUUACAGAAGUUGAGCUAUACAUUUUGUGAUAGUUCAUUCUAGAGUUUUUAUUUGGUGUGAGGACAAAAGUGUGGGUGUGAGAGCGAGAGAUCAGAGCCUAAAUGGUGAAUGUACGGAUACCAAUACAUAUUGUAUCUACUGCCUAUUGGUUUACCUGUAAGUAUGUGACAAUGAAUGGAAGCUUUAUGGUAUGUGAGAAUGGUAUUCACUGUACAAUACGUUUUGUUUUCUUAUGAAUGAAUGAAAUAAUUUCUCAUGACACUCGAUGUAAGGAUGUACAUGUCAACGAGUUUUUUCCUGUCUUUUUCCCCCCCUCAAUAUGAAUUGAAAAUUAUAUUUCAUUUCAUUGUAAGUCUGAAGCUUCAUAAUACAUGUGAAAUCGUGUUUGAAUUGAAUGAAUGUCAUCUACAUGGAAAUUAUCUGUGCAUGUCAUUCCUUGUGAUUUAUCUUUUUGGUGAUUGUAGUUAAUACCAGAAUUAAUUUCAUUUCUUCUGUUAAGUUAGGUUGAAGCACAGACUUUUAACAGCUUUUCAUUUCUUAAGUCAGUAUCCUGUACUUAGCACUAGCCAUGGUAUUUGUGUAUAAAGUGUGCCAGUUCAUACACCACAAAGUAAUAUUUUGUAAGCUUCAUAAUAUUGAUGCACUUUGGAAAAAAGAACUCCGGUAAAAAUGUCUCGACACCUGAUGUAUAGUAACAUAGCGUAUUUAACCUCAAAAACGCAACCCAAAUAUUUAUGAGAAUAUCAAAAAUGGGUAUGCUUUAAAAUGUGUGCUUGCUCUAUUUGUACAUCUAUACAUGUGAUUAUAUAUACUGUUCAGCCCCAUUAAUCUGUAUAGUUGAGGCCCAUUACACCAGCGAGAUUUCAUGUAUAAUUGAAUUCCAUUCAUCCAUACAGUUAAGACCCAUCAGUCAAGCCACCGCCGGUCCGUUUCGCUUUUCAUGUAGAACAAUUCUCCUCUUACGAGUUCUCAAUUGUCUGUAAAUCCAAUUGUUUCACUAUCCAGGCACGUUCAGAGAGGAACACAUGUUUUUCGACCAACAGGCUCCACUUCUACAUUUGUUCUUGUCUUUUAGUAGUAACAGGUAACAAUUCCUGCCGUAUGAGUUUGAGAAACACUACCUCCUUUGGUGUCACCAUUCACAUGUAUAUUUGCUUUGUGCUUUUCAGUUUAAAUGCAUGAUUAAAUUGCAAUAAGCGACCACCAUCUAGUUACAAAAGGUAAACCACCUUGUGCCAGCAAGAGCAGGAUUUGUAUGGGCAUUAUACAUACUUCUCUUCUGAGAAAAAUGCACACUUAUUUAUGCUUGAUGGCAAAAUACUAGAUUUAAUUCAUUUAUGAUUAAGUCCAGAUUAUAUUACCUUUUUAUUGAUGACCCAUUUUCAGAUUUUGUCCAUCUUGUAAAAUCACUUUGAUUGAAAGCACAAUGCUAUCAUGUAGUCAAAUGAUCAUGAUUUGCUUUUAAUACAAACAAUUACCACUUCUUGGUAUAUUUAUUUGCUUUAUUUGCUGUUGAGUAUAAUUAAGUUCUGACAUCAUGUAAAAAUGUCCAGAAUGAAGAUGGCACGAGAGAAUGAUUUACUCUGAAAAGUUAUAUGAAUCAACUGUAUAUAUUUUUCAGCGCUCGUGUAAUAGUCAUGGCAAUUUAGAUAUUUUUCCAGCACCUGGCUGACAGUCUCUUAUUUCUUAGUGUUUCUCUUCUAUUUAUUAUGACUGAACAUGUAUUUGAGAGGAUGUGUGAAAUCAGAAUAAAAGAGUAAAGAAAUA